CUUCGCUGAACCCUAACCCUAGCUUCAAUGGCGAAGCACGAGGACCUGCCGAUCCCGAUCUACAAGGAGCUGGAGCCUGUCUAUGGGGAUGGCUCUCCGCUGGAGGAGGCGCAGCUUCGUUUCCAGACACUGAAGUCCAAGUUCACCGACGUCUUCGGGCAAUCACCGGACGUCUUUGCUCGAUCUCCAGGUAGGGUGAAUUUGAUCGGAGAGCACAUUGACUACGAGGGGUACUCGGUGUUGCCGAUGGCCAUACGGCAGGAUACUAUCAUUGCCAUCCGGAAGCAUAGAGAGGAUGAGCCUCGGGAGCUUCGCAUCGCCAAUGUGAAUGAUAAGUACCCGCUCUGUACUUACCCUGCCGAUCCGAAUCAGGAUGUAGAUCUGAAGAAUCAUAGAUGGGGCCAUUAUUUUAUUUGCGGGUACAAGGGCUUUUAUGAGUUUGCUAGAUUGAAAAAGAUUGAGCUUGGUGCGGUCGUUGGACUUGACGUACUUGUUGAUGGGACUGUUCCUACAGGCUCUGGAUUGUCAAGCUCCGCUGCUUUUGUUUGUUCUGCCACAAUUGCUAUAAUGGCUGCUUUUGAUGCGAAUUUUCCUAAGAAAGAAAUUGCUCAACUAACUUGUGAAUGUGAACGCUACAUCGGAACACAAUCUGGAGGCAUGGACCAGGCUAUCUCUGUCAUGGCCAAAUCUGGUUUUGCCGAGCUGAUAGAUUUUAAUCCUAUCCGUGCUACUGAUGUACAAUUACCAGAUGGUGGAACUUUUGUGAUUGCUCACUCCUUAGCAGAAUCUCCAAAAGCACUAACUGCUGCAACAAACUAUAAUAACCGUGUUGUGGAAUGCCGUUUGGCAUCUAUUGUCCUUGGCGUAAAGCUAGGAAUGGCACCAAAGGAGGCUAUAUCCAAAGCAAAAACUCUCUCAGAUGUAGAGGGAAUGUGUGUGUCAUUUGCUGGCACCCGUGGGUCUUCUGAUCCUGGAAUAGCUGUCAAGGAAUUUUUAAAGGAGGAGCCUUACACUGUUGAUGACAUAGAGAACAUUAUUGGGGAAGCUCUUACGUCUGUUUUUUCAAACUCAAAAUCUUCAUUGGAUGUGUUAAAAGCUGCUAAGCAUUUUAAGCUAUUUCAGCGUGCAUCCCACGUUUAUUCUGAAGCCAGGCGUGUCUAUGCAUUCAGGGAUGUUGUGCUCUCAGACGCCAGCGAUGAGGAGAAGCUGAAACAGCUCGGUGACCUUAUGAAUGAUAGUCACUACAGCUGCAGUGUACUCUAUGAAUGCAGCUGCCCUGAGUUGGAAGAGCUUGUAAAGAAUUCCCGAGAUCAUGGAGCAAUUGGAGCAAGACUCACUGGUGCUGGAUGGGGUGGUUGUGCUGUUGCAUUAGUCAAAGAAAGCAUUGUUCCUCAGUUCAUUCUCAACUUGAAGGAAUCAUUCUACCAAUCAAGGAUUGAGAAGGGAAUUGUGAGCAACACUGACCUGGGCUCUUAUGUCUUUGCUUCAAAGCCAUCAAGUGGUGCUGCAAUAUUCAAGUUCUAAUAAUUUUCAGUUUGGUCUGUGUUCCAGUCUUCUGUCUAAUAAAUGAACAAAUGGUGUGCAUAGCUCUUGGUAUAUUUUUUAUUUUUUAUUUUGGUGAAUAAACCUGUUGCAGUUUCCAACCAUAUGUAGAUAGUGAGCAUCUGCAACUUCAAUUUUCGAUGUGUAAUUAGUAAUCUUGGAGUUAUUCUUGAAUGCUACUAUGUUAGAAAUGCUUUUAUAUGAA